AUGUCGACCUCCACUUCUCCCCCGCAGCAGCUCAAAGAUGAGGUCAAGGUCGCCGAGACCAAGCCCGUCAACCAGACUAUUGUUCAGCUGCGCUCCCUAGCAGCUGGUGCAGCUGGUGGUCUCUGUGCUGUUAUCGUGGGACACCCCUUCGACCUGGUGAAGGUCCGCCUGCAGACCGCCGAAAAGGGAAUCUACUCGGGCGCAAUGGAUGUGGUCCGGAGGACCGUCGCUCGCGAGGGUCUGGCUCGUGGACUGUAUGCGGGUGUCUCCGCCCCGCUCGUCGGAGUGACUCCCAUGUUCGCUGUUAGCUUCUGGGGUUAUGACGUAGGCAAGACCCUUGUGAACAAGUUCUCCACGGUCCCCGUGAAGCACGACACCCCGCAGUACUCCAUCGCCCAGAUCUCCGCUGCUGGCUUCUUCUCCGCCAUUCCCAUGACUUUGAUCACCGCCCCCUUUGAGCGUGUCAAGGUCCUCCUCCAGAUCCAGGGCCAGAAGACUCUCGCCCCAGGCGAGAAGCCCAAGUACUCUGGUGGUAUGGAUGUCGUGCGCCAGUUGUACAAGGAGGGUGGUGUGCGCAGUGUGUUCCGUGGCAGUGCCAUGACGCUGGCGCGUGACGGUCCCGGUUCCGCGGCCUACUUCGCCGCCUACGAGUACAUCAAGCGAUCGCUGACUCCCAAGGAUGCCGAGGGCAAUGUGACGGGCGAGCUGUCUCUGUCUGCCGUUCUGGCCGCUGGUGGUGCGGCCGGUAUCGCCAUGUGGAUUCCCGUCUUCCCCGUUGACACUGUCAAGUCUCGUCUGCAGAGUGCACCGGGUAAGCCCACUAUUGGUGGCGUUAUCCGUACUGUGUACGCUAGCGGUGGAUACAAGGCCUUCUUCCCUGGCUUUGGACCCGCUCUCGCUCGUGCGGUGCCUGCCAAUGCUGCUACUUUCCUUGGUGUUGAGCUGGCGCACAAGGGCAUGAAGAAGCUCUUCGACUAA